AUAAAUUAUUACAUUAUUACUUGUUAUAUUUUUUAUAUAGAUUAUAUUUAUUUGUUUGACUUCAUUAUAAAGAAUAAAAAAUGAUAUCUGGUGGAGCAAAGUGCAUAAAAUAUCUUCUCUUCAUCUUUAAUUUUCUGUUUUUUCUCACAGGAUGUGGACUACUUGGCAUAGGAGUUUGGCUUAAUGUAGAGAAAGGAAGUUGGAAAGCUGUGUCAGAUUAUGAUUUUAUUUCUAUAGCUAAUACACUUAUUGCUGCUGGUGUUAUUAUUGUGAUCAUUUCCUUCUUGGGAUGUUGUGGUGCUAUCACAGAAAACAAAUGUAUGUUAAUUGUGUUCUUCAUUUUCCUGUUGGUUAUUUUUUUAAUGGAAAUUAUAUCUGGAAUAAUGGCAUACCAUUGGAGAGGAACUAUAAAAUCGGAGCUCAAGACUGAAAUUAAAAAGCGUAUACCAUCUUUAUAUUAUAAACAAGAAGAUGUACAAAAAGCUAUGAAUACAAUUCAGCAGACUUUCAAUUGUUGUGGUAUUGAUUCUCUUGAAGAUUGGAGUGUUUCUGCGCCUGAUAGCAAUGGUAAAUCUAUGGCACAGGUAGAUGGAACCUGUUGCAAGAAAAGUGGUGAAAAUGGUUAUAACUCAUCAUGCAAAACUCUUCCAUAUGAUAGUGCUAAAAAUACUAAAUUAAAUCAAUACUACAAUACAGGAUGUUUUUCAUCGAUUGAAGAUUUUCUGAAAAAGUACACUUUAUACUUAGGAGCUGUUGGUAUUGCUUUCGCAUUAUUUCAGAUCAUCGGACUGAUUUUCUCCAUGGUGUUGAUUUGUGCUCUUAAAAGAGAUUCUCGCGUUUUGUAAUUUUAUAUCGUAUUUGUUUCUAUAAAUAUUUUUAUUGCUUCUAUAAAUAUUUUGAACAAACAAUUUUUGGGGAUAUUUAAUAUAUUAUUAUUGUGAUUUUUUUAUUUUAUAUGGUUGUUGUGCCUUUUAUUCAAAUUAAAUUAACAUAUUUUAUUCAUUAUCAAAGUAAUAUAUCAAAUAAUGAAAAUUUUAUAGUUAUAUAUGUAAUAAUGGUUUUAUGAAAUAAAUGCAUUUUAUAUUU